UGUGUGUGUGUGUGUGUGUGUGAGAGAGACGGGGUUGCGAAACCCAGGGACAGAGUAAUCGCACCAGGAGGUGGAGUUAACUGCGCGCAUGGGUUACUGAGUGGGAGGAGACGGUCACCGUUCCGCAGCACAAUCCUGCUGCUCCCGGACGGGCCCAGUAUCAACGCGGAGUUCGGAGCUAACACACGUCUCUCGGAUAUUUACUCAUCCUGCACUUCGUCCCAAAAAUCUGCGCGUUUGACACCGUUGGAAACUUCAUAUUCCUGUUUUCACGUAUCCCCCGGAGCCGGACGUAAGCUCUCCAUGACGAUGCUUUACUAUCUGUUGGCUCUCGUGCCUGUGCUGCUGGGCGCGGACGCCAGGCGCGGGGAAACGGCGUUCGGGAACAACAACAACAAUGGGAACCCAUUGGACAACGACAAGUGGAUGAGCACCGUGUCUCAAUACGACAAGGACAGAUACUGGAACAAAUUCCGAGACGAGGUUGAGGACGACUCCAGGAGCUGGGCUCCAAGCAAGCCGGCAGAUCCAGACACAAAGGCCCGCGUUGGGAGGCAUGAGGAACCAGGAACCAAAAGCCACUCGGCACCAGGGAGGUGGAAGAUCGAUGAUGGAGGUUUGGACGUCACUAAGGACCCCUGCCUGAAGGUGCGCUGCCCACCCCACAAGGUGUGCAUCAGCCAUGACUACCAGACGGCCAUCUGUACCGGUCACAAGCAGGCGCCCCACAGUGUGAAAUCCAGGAGAGGGAGCGUGACCCAUAAGCAGCAUAAGAUGGUUGAGGUGCACCAUGGGAAAUGUAGUCCCUGCCCUGUCUUUCACCCCACCCCCGUGUGUGGCUCAGAUGGACACACCUACACAUCCAAGUGUAAACUGGACUUCCAGGCCUGUACCUCUGGCAAGAGCCUGCUGGUGAAAUGUGAGGGGCCCUGUCCCUGUCUUCCUGGCCAGGAACUCAUCAAACACCACAGUGAGAAAGCUGCCUGUACAGACAGUGACCUGCGCAGCCUGGCCUCCCGGCUCAAGGACUGGUUUGGAGUUCUGCACCAGGAUGCUAACAGAGACCUAAAGACGUCUAGUGACAGCACACAAGGCCACUUUGACACCAGCAUCCUGCCCAUCUGCAAGGACUCGCUGGGCUGGAUGUUCAACAAGCUGGACAUGAACUACGACCUGCUGCUGGACCACACCGAGCUGAGCGCCAUCUACCUGGACAAGUACGAGCUGUGCAUGCGGCCGCUCUUCAACUCCUGUGACUCCUUCAAAGACGGCAAGCUCUCCAACAACGAGUGGUGCCUCUGCUUCCAGAAACCAGAGGGUCUUCCCUGCCAGACUGAAAUGAACAGGAUUCAGAAUCAAAGCCGACGGAAGCCCCUAUUAGGGGCCUACAUUCCCAGGUGUACUGACGAGGGCUACUAUAAGGCCACACAGUGCCAUGGGAGUCAGUGCUGGUGUGUGGACAAGUAUGGCAAUGAGAUCGCUGGCUCAAGGAAACAAGGCAACCCCACCUGUGCGGAGGAGGACCAGGAGACGUCUGGAGAUUUUGGCAGUGGAGGCGCCGUGAUCUUACUGGAUGACCAGGAGGAUGAAGAGGAGACUCCGCGUGUUCGACAGAAGGAGAGGCGAGGAAGACUCCACCCCCGUGGCACAAUUGAAGAUGACGAGGAUGAAGGCGAUGACAAAGAUGAUGAGAUCGGCUACCUCUGGUAGCUCACCUAUCUCUCUCUGUUUCUCUCCCUCUUUCUUUCUCUCUCUCUCUCUCUCUCUCUCUCUCUCUCUCUCAUUGGCCAACCAGGGACCCAAGUCCAACUGCACAGAUCUAAAGCCAUUCCAAUUUCUCCCCUUCUCCCCAACCAUUUUUCAUCCAUCUCCUUUUUCUCUUCUCCUUCUUCCAUCUCUUCCUCCCUGUGUUAGUGUACUCUUCUUCUGUUCUUCUCUACAUCUUCCCCAUCUCUAUCUGUCCUUGCCGAUUCUUCUGCUCAUAAUGAUGGGACACCAUAGAAUCAGUAAAGACUCUUUUGUGACCUGUAAACCAGUAGAGCUAAACGAGUGUCUCUGUUUUCUCUUCUCCUUCAGAUUUUUUCUAUGGAAUCUCUUCCCACUACUCUUGUCAUCCACUGUCUAAGCUCUCUGUCUCUCCGACUUGAGCUCUUUCUCUCUCUCUUUUCAUCUUUGUCUCUAUGACUCUUCUCCUCUGUCUCUCUCACUCUCUUAAUCAAGCUUCUAGUCUGACUGAAGCCAGAGAGGUGUUGGAUAUAUGUAGUUUACCCUCCUCUAGAAAGGCAGCAUUUGCUCUUGCCUUUCUCUUGAUGUUCUCAAUGGAGGCAUUCUAGAGUGUUCUAAUAUGAAUGCUUCAUGUCAGGAGAACCAUGUAGAUCACCAAUCCUCCUGUUUUACAACAUGCUCUUAAAGUCGUGGUUUUAGAGAGCAUUCAGUGAGACUCGCAGUGGGUUCUGUUUUGUAUUCUUAUUUAUUUCAUUUUGAAUGCAUGCCUGCCCCAUUGUGAAAAGACGGUUGGGUUGGCAUCUUUUUUUUCUUCUGAAAAGUCUCAUUGUCUCGAGAGUACAAGAUGCAUUUUUUAUUUUGUGAUACUGGCGACGUUUUCUGCUCUGCUGCAUCCUCUGUUGCGGAUUUUUGAUGCCUCAGCCAUCCUGUUUGUGUGAUCCUGUGCAACCCCCCCCCCCCCAUUAAAGACAAACAAUCCUUUUGCGUGGGAGACAUUUUGUCCUUGAGACAGAGGAAGCCUAUUCACUAAACAACAGUUUCUGACAAACUCGGAUCAAAAACUCAUUCAGUCGCUGAUUUUUUUUCCCUUUUGUUGUUGUUGAAGAGUGUUUACUUUGGGGAGAAACUAUUUUACCUCUGCCGCUUAUAAAGGUUGUUUGCUGUUGUCCUCCUUGACACCUGGUUUGGCACCUCUGCCCUUUUUGCUUGUGGAUGUUCUUUUUGCUUUUUGUGUGUUUCGCAGCGUUCUCCUUUUUCCCGUGGAUGAUCCGACAAAGUAUAGCGGACAUUUUCAGUGAGAAUGGCACAAAUCAUCUCUGACCAUUCGUCUUGACCUUUUAAAAGCUCCACAAAGAGCUUUUAGAAAUGAAUUGUAAGGUAAAAGGAGCAGGAGUGAAUGAGAGAGAAAAUGUUCCACUGCUAUUGGCCAUAGAAGAAGAAAAAGCUAUAUUGUAUUGUGCUCUUUUGUAGACCCCUGUCAUUGCCAAGAGAGGGGAAAUGUCCUGCUCCAGUUUAAAUGUCAGAGAAAAGUUACAGAGGAAUGACAGAACUUUCUAGAGUGCAUUUAGGGUCUAUACCUUCAAGUCAUUUUCACAGAGUAUGUUUCAAGAUAACAUCCGCGCAGCUUGUUGGAGAGUCAAUCACAGAUCACAAACGAAUGCCAAACCACGUUAGUGCAUCCAUAGUGGUAGCUAUACGUGCAGCCAUUCAACUUUUAAAAUGGCUGCCCAAGAUGACUUGAGGUAUUGAUGUCUGUGAGUUUCUCAAUGUCUCUCUCUCUCUCUCUCUCUCUCUCUCUCUCUCUUCCUCCACCCUCUGUGUGUGUGUGUCACAGGCUGGUAUUUGUGUCAUCUCAUAAAUCGCUUUAUGACUAUUCAUUACCAGGCUCAUAUCGCCAUGGCAGCAGGUAAUCGAUGCGUUGCAUUAGCCCUGUGUGGCGUGAAGCCUGUUAAGCAGCGCUCGCUGAUUUAGUGAGGGGCGUUCAGGCACAGGCGACACUAAGUCCGGGCAGCAGACCUGAAAUCAAAACUCUGCUUUAAUUACCAAGGUUUCGAGGCCUUUGGAGGAAAUGUAGACUUUGAUGUCAAUCUGAGCUGUGAAUGGUUGCCGUCGAGUUAACUUAGGUCAACAUCUGCAGAGUCAUGGACCUAUCUGCCGUGGAUAAAAUUAGUAUUUCACGUCCACCAGCUUUAUCUCUCAGCCUCGGUUCACUACUCUGCUUUCCACGGGUUUCUUGAGCUUCUCUGACUCUUAUCUCCAUCUUUAUUUUUUUCCAACUCUUCACUUUCUAGGUUUUUGGCCCCAUUCUCUUCCCUCAUUUUGUCAUUUCUCUCUCUUUUUUCCCAUGCGUAUGUUAGAGUGCAUUAGCACUGGGACUACUCGGCCCCAGGUGAUUUACGCUUUACUGCUGUGUGUGUGUGUGUGUGUGUGUGUGUGUGUGUGUGUGUGGGUGUGUGUGUGGGUGAGUGUGUAUCUGACUGUGGUCAUCAGCGUUUUAAGUGUGCGAGUCAAAGAGAAGCCCCCACGGGGUUGUGUCGCAUUUCCCGUUCUGUCUCCACGGAGCAGGAUGAUAUGGCUGGUGAUCAGGGGAGCACAUGGGGUUGAUGGGUAAUAGGAGGCCAUUAGACGCCCGGGGAAGGAGGCUUUCAUCUUGCCCAACCUCCCACAGGACCCUGUGAAGUGAAAGGAAGUCCUAAAGAGGGAUAUUAUGUUGGCUUCAGCAAUUUUACUCUCUCCCUUUCACUCUCGCUCUCUCUCUCUCUAUAUUCCUUCUCUCUCAUGUAUUCCUUAUUUUCCCUUUCUUCACCUUUUGUUACUCUUGCUGUCACAGUAUUGCUCUCUCCCUCUUCCCUGUCAAAAUCCUUCAUUUCCCCUGUUAUCUCUCCUCUUUGACCUCUGCAUGCAUAAACACUCUCUCUCUCCCUCUCUGUCUUUCUCUCUCUCUAUCUCUCUCUCUCUCUCUCUCUCUCUCACACACACACACACACACACACACACACACACACACACACAGUCAGUCAGAGUCAGAGCCUACUCAUCGUACACAUUUGAAUGUUGUCACGUGUGAAGCCUCUGAAACUUUAACAGCUAGCAUAAUGAGAACCAUCUGUCUUGCGGUUUCUGCUACCCCCAUCAGUCGUGUGCUAAUGUUAAAUCACACUAUGGACUUUUUUGUGAUUGAUCCCCUCUCUCCAAAAUGAACUCGCUGGUUAUUUAUGAAUGCUGUGUAGCUGUUACAGCCGACACAAUCACACAUUCAUAUGGGUUCUGUUCCCUCUCUCUCUAUCUCUCUCUCUUUCUCACACACACACACACACACACACACAUCUGAUCUUUCUCUCCCUUCACACUAACAGUGUGAUAACAGAUGUAUUGUCGUCGGCCCUAUAUUGUGCUUGUAGCCUGCACGACAUCAAUGAAAGCUGAGUAUCUUUAUCCUGUCCUAAUGUGCCCUGACUCAUAUCAUUGCUUCGUUCUUUUAUUUAUUUGUAUUUAUGGUGUGGUCAUGACCUUAGUUCAGAGGUCAUCUAUACAGACAAGUACAAAUCAUAUACAUACCCUACAGAUGCACUACUAAUGUUACCACCACUCUCUUGACAGGCACAUGUAAACAGUAAAUGGCCAUAUUUGCAAGAGUUUUCUUUGUUUAUUCUAUAUAUUUUUUACUUUGUAAAGAAUAAGAAAAAAAGUACCUACCUGACCGUGAGAUGUAAUAUAAUAUGCAGUAGUGUGGCUUUGUCCAUUUGCAUCGCAGAGACUGAGUGUGUAUAAAUCUGUAGUCCUGAUUGUAGUUAUAGACCCCUCCUCCCCCCCCUCCCUCGCUCCUCUUCCCUGCUUUUUCUGUAGUGUAGUGAGGGUUUUUUUUUUUUUUUCAAAAAUUGUCUUUCUCUCCUGUCCCCCCCUCUCCCACCUCCUCCGUCCUCUCGAGUCCAAACGGAAUGUUGAUGUGCUGGGCUGAUUACUUUUUGUUCUGAUUUUAACUGUAAAGAAAAAACAAAUUCCAUAACGAGAUAUGAAAAUGAUGUUUGUCUGAAAUAAAACUCGAGUCUGUCCUGUCCUGUU